AUGGCCAUUCUUCACCUAUUAUUAAUGUUUUUAGCUCAUCUGUUUGAUACGAUUGAUCAUCAAAUGUCGGGGAUUUCAAAAUCACCUGAUCAUGUUAAACGUCCAAUGAAUGCGUUUAUGGUAUGGUCACGUGGUCAACGUCGUAAAAUGGCACAAGAAAAUCCAAAAAUGCACAAUAGUGAAAUAAGUCGUCGUCUUGGUGUUGAAUGGAAAUUAUUAUCUGAAGAACAGAAACGUCCAUUUAUCGAUGAAGCUAAACGUUUAAGAGCAUUACAUAUGAAAGAACAUCCCGAUUAUAAAUAUCGUCCAAGACGUAAACCAAAAUCAUUAAUGAAAAAAGAACGUUUUCCAUUUCCAUUUCCAUUUGCUCAUCAUCCAUACAGUGGAUUUAGUUUACCUCAAACAACAGUCGGUACAUCAAAUACAAGUGGACAUCAUCAUCAUCAUCAUUCUCCUCAUCAUCCACUAUCAUUAAGUGAUUUAACAUCGGCUACAUCUCAACAUUUGAAUGAUUCAUUAGCAUUGAAUUUAGAAAAAUGUCGAAAUUUAUUACCAUCAACAUCGUCAACUCCAUCAUUUUAUUCCUCACCAUUUUCAACAAAAUUGACAGAUUUUUCUUCGACAAAUGCUGCAGCAGCCGCCGCUUUAGCCUAUAAUCCUUAUAGUACAUUAGCAAUGGCUAAUGCAGCCGCAGCAUUUUCUGGACUAUCAAAUGUUCCUAAUUAUCCGUACAGUAUGUUAUCAGCUGCCGUGGCAGCCACAACAUCCGCAUCAUCAUCAUCAGCCUCCGUUUCAUCGUCAUCUAUAUCUUCAACCACAAAUGGUGAAACAAAUAAUAUUCAUCGACCACAAGCAUUACUAGGAAAAAAUAAUUCGGAUAAUAAUAAUAACAAUACUGAACAUCAACGUUAUUGA